CGGGCUGGGCCUGGAGUAGCAGUCAAUGACCUCAGCUCUGCUGUCCUGUGCUGGAGUCCGCUGUGGGAGGUCUCUGCUCCUCAGUUUCCUCACCCAACGGGAUGCGGGUUGGAGGAAGAUUCAUCUCCUCAUCUUCCUCCAGUGACAGGCUGGAGGAAGGUUAUGCCAGCAAGCCCUGUGAGCUUUUAACACCCACUGGGAGCGGUGUCCCAUGGCUCAGUCCUGGGAUGAGGCCCUUUCAUGUGGGCCUGAGGGAAUGUUGGCUCCCUCAGAGUUCCCUGCUCAGGUGUGGUGGGAGCGGCAGUUGAAUGGGACAGUUGAAGAGGAGGCUCCCAGCAGGCGGGACGAGGGGAACCGAGCCUGAGGUCUGCGGAGGAAGAGGCUGAGUGAAACUGUCCCAAAGCCAAGAGCCUAGGGCUCCCCAAUACCAUCAGGAUGGUGGGUGAAGGCCCCUACCUCUUCUCAGACCUGGAUCGACGAGGCCAGCGGAGAUCCUUUUUUGAGAGAUAUGAUCCCAGCCUGAAAACCAUGAUCCCAGUGCGACCCUGUGCAAGGUUGGCACCCAAUCCUGUGGAUGAUGCUGGCCUGCUGUCCUUUGCCACAUUUUCCUGGCUCACACCUGUGAUGAUUCAAAGUUACAAGCACACGCUGACUGUGGAGACCCUGCCCCCAAUAUCACCAUAUGAUUCAUCUGACAUCAACGCCAAGAGAUUUCAAAUCCUCUGGGAUGAAGAAAUUAAGAGGGUGGGGCCUGAGCAGGCCUCUCUGGGCCGCGUGGUAUGGAAAUUCCAAAGGACUCGUGUGCUGAUGGAUGUUGUAGCCAACAUCCUGUGCAUCAUCAUGGCAGCCUUAGGGCCGACAGUUCUCAUUCACCAAAUCCUCCAGCAUAUUACCAGCAUUUCCUCCGGACACAUCGGGGUUGGCAUCUGCUUGUGUCUGGCCCUUUUUGCCACCGAGUUUACCAAAGUCCUCUUUUGGGCCCUUGCCUGGGCCAUAAAUUACCGCACAGCGAUCCGAUUGAAGGUGGCCCUCUCCACGCUCGUUUUCGAAAACCUGCUGUCCUUCAAGACGUUGACUCACAUCUCUGCGGGCGAGGUGCUCAAUAUACUAUCAAGUGAUAGUUAUUCCUUGUUUGAGGCUGCCUUGUUUUGUCCUUUGCCAGCCACCAUCCCCAUCCUAAUGGUCGUUUGUGCGGUAUAUGCGUUUUUCAUUCUGGGGUCCACAGCUCUUGUCGGGAUAUGCGUGUACAUUAUAUUCAUACCCAUCCAGAUGUUUAUGGCCAAACUCAAUUCAGCUUUCCGAAGAUCAGCAAUUUCAGUGACAGACAAGCGAGUUCAGACAAUGAAUGAGUUUCUGACCUGCAUCAAGCUGAUUAAAAUGUACGCCUGGGAGAAAUCUUUUAUGAACACCAUUCACGAUAUAAGAAAGAGAGAAAAACAUUUACUGGAAAGGGCUGGAUAUGUCCAAAGUGGAAACUCAGCCCUGGCUCCCAUUGUGUCUACAAUAGCCAUUGUAUCAACUUUCACCUGCCACAUCUUCCUGAACCGCAAGCUCACUGCUCCUGUGGCAUUUAGUGUGAUUGCCAUGUUUAAUGUAAUGAAGUUUUCAAUUGCAAUCUUGCCUUUCUCGGUCAAAGCAGUGGCCGAAGCCAGUGUCUCUCUAAAGAGAAUGAAGAAAAUUCUCAUAGCUAAGAGUCCCCCAUCCUACAUCACCCAACCAGAAGACCCAGACACUAUCUUGCUUUUAGCAAAUGCCACCCUGACAUGGGAACAAGAAAUCAACAGAAGUGACCCACCGAAGGCACAAGACCAGAAAAGGCGUAUUUCCAAGCAACAGAGGUCGGAGCUAUACAGUGAGCCACGCCCAUCAGCGCAGGGGGUGCUGGUGGAGGGGCAAAGUGGCAGCCCCAAGUCAGUUCUCCACAACAUCAGCUUUGUGGUGAGAAAGGGGAAGGUUUUGGGAAUAUGCGGGAAUGUUGGAAGUGGGAAGAGUUCCCUUAUCUCAGCUCUCCUAGGACAGAUGCAGUUGCAGAAAGGGGUCGUGGCUGUCAAUGGACCUUUGGCUUAUGUUUCUCAGCAAGCGUGGAUCUUUCACGGAAAUGUGAGGGAGAACAUACUGUUUGGAGAGAAGUACAAUCACCAAAGGUAUCAGCACACAGUUCAUGUCUGUGGUCUCCAGAAGGACUUGAACAGCCUUCCUUAUGGAGACCUGACUGAGAUUGGAGAGCGGGGUGUCAAUCUCUCUGGGGGACAGAGGCAGAGGAUCAGCCUGGCCCGUGCUGUGUAUGCCAACCGUCAACUCUACCUGCUGGACGACCCACUCUCAGCUGUGGAUGCCCAUGUGGGGAAGCAUGUCUUUGAGGAGUGCAUUAAGAAGGCACUCAAGGGAAAGACUGUUGUCCUGGUUACCCACCAGUUGCAGUUCCUGGAGUCUUGUGAUGAGGUCAUUUUGUUGGAAGAUGGAGAGAUUUGUGAAAAGGGCACCCACAAGGAGUUGAUGGAAGAGAGGGGGCGCUAUGCAAAGCUGAUUCACAACCUCCGGGGAUUGCAAUUCAAGGAUCCGGAGCACAUUUACAAUGCAGCCAUGGUGGAGACCCUGAAGGAGAGCCCAGCUCAGAGAGACGAGGACGCGGUCUUGGCUUCAGGUGAUGAGAAAGAUGAAGGAAAAGAACCUGAAAUGGAAGAAUUUGUAGAUACAAAAGCUCCUGCGCACCAGCUUGUCCAGAUUGAGUCUCCUCGAGAGGGAAUCGUGACCUGGAAAACAUAUCACACGUAUAUUAAGGCUUCUGGAGGGUACCUGGUCUCCUUCCUGGUGCUCUGUCUCUUCUUCCUGAUGAUGGGCAGCUCUGCCUUCAGCACCUGGUGGCUGGGACUCUGGCUAGACAGGGGCUCCCAGGUCAUCUGUGCACCCCAGAGCAAUAGGACAGCCUGCAAUGGUGACCAGACCCUGCAAGACACCGAACACCACAUGUACCAGUUGGUAUACAUAGCAAGCAUGGUGUCUGUGCUGACAUUUGGCAUUAUCAAAGGCAUUACCUUCACCAAAACUACACUGAAGGCAUCCUCCUCGCUCCACAACAGGGUGUUUAACAAGAUCGUCAGGAGUCCAAUGAGCUUUUUUGACACAACCCCCACAGGCCGGCUGAUGAACCGUUUUUCUAAAGACAUGGACGAGCUGGACAUGAGGCUGCCCUUUCACGCAGAGAACUUUCUACAGCAGCUCUUCAUGGUGUUGUUUAUUCUGGUGAUUAUGGCUGCUGUGUUUCCCGUUGUCCUCCUGGUUCUGGCUGGCCUGGCAAUCAUCUUCCUCAUUCUUUUACGCAUCUUCCAUCGAGGAGUUCAGGAGCUCAAGCAGGUGGAGAACAUCAGCCGGUCACCUUGGUUCUCUCACAUCACCUCCUCCAUACAGGGUCUGGGUGUCAUCCAUGCCUACAACAAAAAGAAUGAUUGCAUCAGCAAGUUUAAGACACUGAACGAUGAGAACUCCAGCCACCUCUUGUACUUCAACUGCGCUCUCAGGUGGUUUGCGCUCAGAAUGGACGUCCUCAUGAACAUCGUCACCUUUGUUGUGGCCUUGUUGGUGACCCUGAGUUUUUCCUCAAUCAGUGCUUCAUCCAAAGGCUUGUCACUGUCCUACAUCAUCCAGCUCAGUGGACUGCUGCAAGUGUGUGUGCGAACUGGAACAGAGACCCAAGCCAAGUUCACCUCCGUGGAGCUGCUGAGGGAGUACAUUUCGACUUGUGUUCCUGAACACACUCACCCCUUCAAAGUGGGGACCCGUCCCAAAGACUGGCCAAGCCGUGGGGAGAUAACUUUCAAGGACUAUCGCAUGAGAUACAGAGACAACACCCCUAUCGUGCUCGAUGGGCUGAACUUGAACAUCCAAAGUGGGCAGACGGUUGGGAUUGUGGGAAGAACAGGUUCCGGAAAAUCGUCACUGGGCAUGGCCCUGUUCCGCCUGGUGGAGCCAGCCUCUGGAACCAUCUUCAUUGACGAGGUGGAUAUCUGCACUGUGGGUUUGGAGGACCUCCGAACCAAGCUGACCAUGAUCCCCCAAGAUCCUGUCCUGUUUGUAGGUACAGUAAGGUUCAACUUGGAUCCCUUGGAGAGUCACACUGACGAGAUGCUGUGGCAUGUGUUGGAGAGAACAUUCAUGAGAGACACAAUAAUGAAACUUCCAGAGAAAUUACAGGCAGAAGUCACAGAAAACGGGGAAAACUUCUCAGUGGGAGAACGCCAGCUGCUUUGUAUGGCCCGAGCACUUCUCCGUAAUUCAAAAAUCAUUCUCCUUGAUGAAGCUACUGCCUCCAUGGACUCCAAGACAGACACUCUUGUUCAAAGCACUGUAAAAGAUGCCUUCAAAAGCUGCACAGUGUUGACCAUUGCCCAUCGUCUAAACACGGUUCUCAACUGUGACCUUGUCCUGGUCAUGGAAAAUGGGAAGGUGAUUGAGUUUGACAAGCCUGAAGUCCUUGCUGAGAAGCCUGACUCUGCAUUUGCGAUGUUACUAGCUGCAGAAGUUCGACUAUAAAGGUCCCGUGGUUGCUUUGAGAGGAGGCAAUGGAUGUGUGAGAGCAGAAGCCUGAAGGCAGAGUCAUGCAGCCCUGGACACAGCCCCUUCCACCCAUGGAGCACAGGGUGAGCAGGGGGCUGAGAUGUGUCCCUUGCUCUGCCCAGCCCUUUUGGUCACCUCCUGUGGCAGACUCGGGGUUGGCUCUGGAUGGUGAAGAGUGCAGACAAAGCUGGGUUGGAAGCUGCCUCUCAUCUCUGAAAACCCCAGGGGUCCCUCAAGUGUUCCCACCAAUACUGCAUAAUGCCUGAGAAUGGGAAUAUUCUAACUUCCUGGCAAAAACCAGUCAAAGCAAACAAUGGGACAAUGCCAAGAUUGGAGUGUAUGGAGGAUUUCUCACUUCUGUUGCCAGAAAAGGAAAGAGAAAACUUUUCUUUCUGUUUAACUUCAUUUCACUUUUAUCUCAACUAUGUGAUAAGCACACAGAUCCACAGCACAAAGACUGAUGAUAGUGUUCGGCAUGAGAUUUUUCAAAGAAAUCAUAUUGUAUGUUGCAGUUGAUCUGUUAAAAUAACCAGAAAGCAAAACUCUGGCGUUUCUGAAUAUAUGACAUUUUUAUAUCUUCUUUAUUGGUCAUUAAAAUGCAAUAAGAAACUAAAUGACCCUGAAA